AUGUUGAGUAACAUUUUGCUAUGGUCUCUUCAGAUGAGUCUCCUAGGGAUCAGUCUUGGCGGGAAUGUUCUCAUCUGGCCAAUGGAAGGCAGUCACUGGCUAAAUAUUAAGACAAUAAUAGACGAACUCCUAAGAAAAGAGCACAAUGUGACUGUCCUCCUUGCCUCUGGUGCACUUUACAUCACACCAUCGAUUAGCCCAUCUCUGACAUUUGAAAUCUAUCCAGUGCCCUUUGGCAAGGAAAAAAUAGAUAGUGUGAUCAAGGAUUUUGUUUUGACAUGGCUGGAAAACAGGCCAUCUCCUUCAACUAUCUGGAAGUUCUAUAUGGAGAUGGCUAAAGUCAUUGAGGAGUUCCACAUAGUGUCCAGAGGCAUCUGUGAUGGUGUUCUUAAAAAUGAAAAGCUGAUGGCAAAGCUGAAGAAAGGGAAGUUUGAAGUACUGUUAUCGGACCCAGUAUUUCCUUGUGGUGACAUCAUAGCUUUAAAACUGGGAAUUCCAUUUAUGUAUUCUUUGCGGUUUUCUCCCGCCUCUACAGUGGAAAAGCACUGUGGAAAGGUUCCAUUCCCUCCUUCCUAUGUCCCUGCAAUUUUGUCAGAGCUCACAGACCAGAUGUCUUUCACUGACCGAGUAAGAAACUUCAUCUCCUACCAAAUGCAGGACUACAUGUUUGAAACUCUGUGGAAGUCAUGGGAUUCCUAUUACAGUGAAGCUUUAGAUGGCAGCCAUUGGCUAAAUAUCAAAACCCUCCUUGAAGAGUUGAUUAGAAGAAAUCACAGUGUGACUGUACUGGCUUCAUCAGAAACUCUCUUGAUCAAAUCCAGUACUGCUGCCUUUGUGCAUUUUGAAGAGGUUCCAGUUUCCUUCACGAAAAGCAACAUAGAUGAAAUGAUUGAACACAUGAUAGCCCUGUGGCUAGACCACAGGCCAACACCUCUUUCCAUGUGGACUUUCUACAAAGAACUAGGAAAAUUAUUUGAGACUUUCUAUCAAAUUAAUAUUAAUCUCUGUGAUGGUGUACUAAACAAUACCACACUAAUGGCAAAACUUCAGAACUGUGGCUUCAAUGUGUUAAUAGCUGACCCAACAACAACCUGUGGUGAUCUGGUGGCUCUGAAAUUGGGAAUUCCAUUUAUGUAAACAUUGCGCUACUCUCCAGCCUUUACAGUGGAGAGGCACUGUGGGAAAAUCCCCGCACCAGUCUCUUAUGUACCUGCAGCCUUAUCAGAGCUCACUGACCAGAUGUCCUUUGGUGAAAGAGUUAAGAACACCUUAUCUUACUAUCUGCAAGACUAUAUAUUUCAGUCCUACUGGGGAAGAUGGAAUUCAUACUACAGCAGAGUUCUAGGAAGACCCACCACAUUAUGUGAGACUAUGGGGAAAGCUGAGAUAUGGCUGAUGCGAACAUAUUGGGAUUUUGAAUUUCCUCGUCCAUAUUUACCUAAUUUUGAGUUUGUAGGAGGACUGCACUGCAAACCUGCAAAGCCUUUACCCAAGGUUUUGUGGCGGUACAAGGGCAAGAUACCAGCCACAUUAGGAUCCAAUACACGGCUGUUUGAUUGGAUUCCCCAAAAUGAUCUUCUUGGACACCCCAAAACCAGAGCUUUUAUCACUCAUGGUGGAACAAAUGGAAUCUAUGAGGCCAUUUACCAUGGGAUCCCUAUGGUGGGACUCCCCAUGUUUGCUGAUCAGCCUGACAACAUCGCUCACAUGAAGGCCAAGGGAGCAGCUGUGGAGGUGAACAUGAAUACAAUGGAGAGUGUAGAUCUGCUCAAUGCUCUGAGAACAGUCAUCAAUGACCCAUCUUAUAAAGAAAAUGCUAUGAGACUAUCAAGAAUCCACCAUGAUCAGCCAGUGAAGCCCCUGGACCGAGCUGUCUUCUGGGUUGAGUUUGUCAUGCGCCACAAGGGAGCCAAACACCUGCGUGUGGCAGCACAUGACCUCAGUUGGUUUCAGUACCACUCGCUGGAUGUGAUUGGGUUCCUGCUGGCUUGUGUGGCAUCUGCUAUAUUCUUGGUUGCAAAAUCUUGUUUGUUUGUAUUCCAAAAGUUUGUUAAGACAGGAAAGAAGAAAAAAAGAGACUAG